GCAAAAUCAAGUAACAGCAGCAAAGUACAGGUGUGCGUUUUAACGUUAACUAAAGGUUAACAAAGUUUCGUAGAGGGCACUUUGAAGCUUUUUGUAAUAGAAAGCUGUCACUCUACACGGUGCCUGCUCAAGCGCUUAUCUGAAACAGGUUGUUUAUCAGUAGUUUUAACAACCCGGUGUAGUCAAUAAGCUAGUUAGCAUGUAAGCUAAUAAGCUAUGUUUGGCUAACAGUCGUUUAAAGUCGGAAAGUUAUUAAAAUACAAAGCAGCAUUUUCGUGCAUCGUUAAGUAUUUCGCUAACGCUUAAAAGUUAACGUCACUUGGUCAGUCCGCAUUUAGGAACAGGGAAAAAUUCGUCCCUGACUGAAGCACCGACAUGUUCUUUCUUUAAGUACACUGUGUCAUAUAUGGCUGCAUAUUAUACUUCAAGAUUUGCUCAAUUAUUGAAGAAAGGACUGCCUAACAGACAGGUCUGGACAAACGCCUCAUUGGUGGUGUCAGCUCCCGUUGUAUUAAUGACUGAACUGACAGACUUUGAACCUUUAGCAAAGAGAUUCAGGGUUGAAACUAGUGCCCCAAAUUCUGCUUCAUCUUCCCUCCAAGUCCCAUCCUUAUGUAGCAAGAGCAAAGAAGAUGAGACGAUAGUUGAAGAAAAGAGGAAAAGCAACACAGCAGUGAAAAUGGAUAUACAGCCGAAGACUGAAGCAGGUGGUUUGCGACGCAUAAAGACAAAGGUUUCUCAUCAAAGAACUGGCCCCAAACACCAACAGAAGCUCAGAAAUACUCUUGAGCAGUGGUUGAUUAAACCCAGAAAAAACCCAAAUACAGCUGAAUUGUGCCAAACCCAAGAUGCAGAUAUUACAGAUGACGGUAGCUCUCAAAGCACUUCAACUCAGUCUCUGGACUGCCAAAAUGCUGAAGAACCUGUAGUCUCUGACAUGGAUGAAGAAACCCAACCCUUGACGUCACAAGACCUGGAGCAAGACAGUCCGGUGUCACCAUCUUCCAAGGACUCAGCAGGGAGUGGGCUUGUGCAGACAUUGUCCCACAAUGAUGGUGGAUUUGGAAAACAAGAAAUGGAAGCAUGCUCAGCAAGCUCAGAGGGCUCUGUCAAACACAACACCAAAAUAACAGAUUUCUUUUCAGGGACCUCAUCUCCACAUGCACCUGUGAGAUGGGGCAGACCAGAUAAGUCUUCAGAUAAACAAGAUGCAGAUAAGGAAAAUACAUCUGCUGAUGUCAAGCCUGAAGUCAAAUGGCUGGGGACUCCAAUCAGUGAACUUAAGAGAAUGCCUGGAUGUGGCAGACUGCUUCCUCCACUCAAGGAUGUCCCUGGCCAGCACACUGUGAUGAUAAGGACAGACCUUCUACAGAAAGGUACAAUUCCUGUUCCAUAUCCUACUAGGUUUAAGGACACCUGGGACGAUGUCCAUGUCAAGAUGCCUUGUUCCAGUAGUAACCUGUUUCCUGUGGAGGAUGAGGAAACACAACAACUGCAAAAUAAGAGUCGGUGGGAGUUGAUCAAGGAAACUUUAAACAAGACAUUUACAAGUCCACUUGAUUUGAAGGAUGCAGUUUUGAAAUACAGUGCCUCACACGCAAAGAAAUGGGACUUCACAGCAUUACGUUUGUACUGCACUGAGGUUCUGGAGCCUGAUGCUGCUGAACAUCUGUUUGACUCCCUGCUGCCAGACAUGGUGCAAUUAGCACUGAGAGCAUCUGAGCUCUGUACCAAGCCGAUACCCCUCCUCAAGAGAGGCAUGAACCACUCCAUCACUAUGUCUCAGGAGCAGGUGGCAUGUCUCCUCGCCAACGCCUUCUUCUGCACCUUCCCACGACGCAACUCUAGAAAAUCUGAGUACUGCAACUACCCAGACAUCAACUUUGUCAGGCUGUUUGAAGGGUCUUCUUCAAAGAAGACUGAGAAACUGAAGACUCUGAUGUGCUAUUUCACAAGUGUCACUGAGCAAAUGCCUACCGGACUUGUAACAUUCACACGAAAAAGUUUGGACAAACCCCUUGAUUGGAAAAGCUCACGGACUCGGCUCACAAAGCUCCACAUUACUUAUGAAGGAACUAUUGAGGACGAUGGUGAUGGUAUGCUUCAGGUGGAUUUUGCCAAUCGGUUUGUUGGAGGAGGAGUCACCAGUUCAGGUCUAGUUCAAGAGGAAAUCCGUUUUCUGAUCAACCCUGAGCUUAUUGUUUCUCGGCUCUUCACUGAAGCCCUGGACCAUAAUGAAUGUUUGAUCAUCACAGGCACACAGCAGUACAGUAAAUAUACAGGCUACGCUCAGACCUACCAAUUCAGUGGCAGCCACCAGGACACAACUCCAAGAGAUGGCUGGCAGAGAAGAUGCACAGAGAUUGUGGCCAUCGAUGCGCUGCAUUUCAGGAACUUUCUGGAACAGUUUAGCCCAGAGAAAUUCAACCGAGAACUCAACAAGGCUUACUGUGGCUUUGCUCGCCCUGAGGAACAAAGUGAAAACCUUGCCGCAGUGGCAACAGGGAACUGGGGCUGUGGGGUUUUUGGAGGUGACUCACGUCUUAAAGCUCUGCUCCAGAUGCUGGCAGCUGCUGAGGCGGGCCGAGAUGUAGCCUAUUUCACCUUUGGUGACAGCCAGCUCAUGACAGAUGUCCACAACAUGCACUCUUUCCUCACUCAGAGGAACAUCGGUGUCGGGGAGGUGUAUGAUCUCCUGGGGCAGUACUACAGCUCGGUGUGCAAGAGCUGCCUCAGUCGGCGCCCUGACGUCAGCCUCUACUCCUUCAUCUACCAACAGAGCUUCAUUUGCAUCAGAAGAAGCUGCCUGACAGACGUCUCAGAGGUUUGACCUUUGACACCUUGUAUUCAGGUUUGAUGACAUUUGACAAAUUUUUAAGCAGCAUACAUCUUUUGUGUUUUUUUACAGGCAUGUAAAAAUGUUUGAAACACAAGUUGAAGUUGAUAUAUAUACUAAAACCAUAUAACAAAAAUGUAACACCCUGUUUAAUAGAUUCUUACUGUUUGAUUAGAUGAUUGUAGACACAUACUUAGUAUUACAGUGAUGUAUGUUUUGACUUUUUCUCUGUGUGAUUACCUGCUUACAUGCCUGAUGAGCUUUUAUCUGUCAGAGUACAGAUUAGCCAGCCAGCAGGAGUUUAUUGACUUAAUAUUUUUAGCUGAAUGUUAAAUUUGUUUUGUCGCCAGAGCGUGCGCUGCUGAAUGGACUCCUGGGAACCUGUAAGUGAAUGAAUGAGGUGUAGGUGUCUGUAAGCCUGGUGCUGUCUGCCCUCAUGGAAUCAGGACCUGAAGUAGGGGGUCUCUCUUUGUAGCUUGCUGAGUUCAAAAAAAGCCUUUGGUGGCAUCUCUCUCAAGGGGAUCUACCAUAGACACACAGGGGUAUCCUACUGGAUUGAUCCCUCUACAGUAAGCCUCAUGUGUGUCUUUGACCUUUUGGCUACCAUCUGUCAUAAAGUCAUGAACACGAACAGUGUUUAGUCUUUUACACUGUAGUCCAACAUAAUCACUCUACCACAGUUUAGUAAAGCAGAGAAGCUGAGUAAAUUGGUAGAUGCAAAAAAAAGUAUAAAAAUACUUAUUUAUUUUUAUUUUGAUUUAUAAUCUAACUCCUGUUUAGUUUUGAGGAUCUCAUUCUGUCAGUAUUCUGUUUCUUCACAGAGAAUCAACAUACCCCUCCCAAUUAUAUUGUUAAUGCAUGACUGAAAUUCCUGUUGUUUUUAGCAGUGUUGGAGGUGUGGCGCUAGGGAUGGCAAUGCCUCUUGUUUAGUCAGUCAAAUCAGACUGAAACAUGAACCAUGGUAUUGUCAUGAAAUCCUUCUGCUGACUUCAGUGAGCCCCUGACCUUUCCCCUGGCACUACCAGCAGGUUAAAGUUUUAAUUUAUUCAGUGAAAUACCUCAGCUUCUGGUUAAUGGACUGGCCCAAGUUUUGCCCAGUCUUUAAUGAUUCCAAGAAGACGAGUCCUACAGACUGUUAGUGAUUAACAUUUGUGUUUUUUUGUUAAAUGUCUCCUCAGCUAUUGGAUAGCUUGCUCGGCUAGUACCUCAGCAGAGAGUGGAAACUUUGUGAUUUUACUCCGUUACUAAUGGAUGAAGUUUAGGUAGAAGCCCAGCUUCAGUGGCCCCUUCCAUUUCCCUUGGACUUUAGCAGGCCCCUAAGCAGGAAGGAGGGAACUUGGAUGGACCGCUCUGCUCCCCUCUCCAGUCGAUAUCAGCCAGCAGUGCCUUAUAGAACCGAGAGGGCACACGCUGAGCUGAGCUGACACAACCAACUUCCAAAUCUCUAAAACCAUCGAACUGACUAUCAGAUAUUCUUAAGCAAUCUAACCUUCUUCUGGAGAACCUCUCCGACACCUCCAGGAGCCCCAAACUUCUCCACGAUGGCCUUUGUUUUCUGAAACUGCUCCGCCUUCACCAGGUGCUGGACGCACUUCAAGAUUCAGACCAGUCGGAGCAGUAUGGAGCUGGGAGCCUGCAGAACAACCACGAUGAAUCCGAUGUCCGUUUUUCUUCCUCUGUUGGGAAGUUCAUGUCCUGCACAAUGCAGCUGCUUCUUCCACAAAUUAAGCGA